AUGACUGAGUACCCAAACUCCCAUCUAGUGCCGUUCCUUGGAAGCAGUUCAGCAUCAAAUAUGCUCGCUCUAGGUGAUCACGAACUUGCUGAGAGUCCACAUCUCUUUGAUUUUCCCGUCGACUAUUUCUUCGAUGAUUUUCCAAGCAAUACCGAGGUGCCGUCCAGGAGAAUCGUUCUUACUACAAACCAUCACAACCCGAAUCCUAAGGUUCCAAUAUCUCGCAUGAGUACCCCGAUAAGCUGGAACAACAGAGCCCGUGUUAGUCAAGCAUGCAAAGCUUGCCGCCAGCUUAAAACCAAAUGCAGCGGCCAGCGACCGGUGUGUCAAAGAUGUGAAGACCUCGGGCUUGACUGCAACUAUAGUGAGCGAAAGCGGGAGGUGGUCAACAAGAAAAUGGAAGACUUGAGCGCACAUAUUGAUAAGUUAGAAAAUCUGUUGCGUGAUGUCUACCCCAAGCUUGACAGCACCUCUGCCCAGCAUGUUGACCGAACACUGAACAACGUGAGCUUAACCUUUCCUCGGUUUGACUUCGUCUAUAUCCUCAGUUUAGACCAGCUCAUCUCCGCAGGAUUUUCUGAUUUUCUCUCUGACGAUGUACAGGGUUUGAGCCACGAUCGGGCUAGGCUGAAUUUGCGUCCCCCAGCAGCAGAGCGCUCCAAUACACCAAAGGCUCCACCGACUACUUUCGGUCACACAGAUGAAGAUUUCAAUCGUAGCGGGGAAUUACAGGCACUAGGAUUUGUCGGUGAGCACUCAGAGAUGGCAUGGCUGUACAGAAUCAAGUCUGCACUGGAACAAGCCUCCACCACACCAUCUACGUCGCAGGAAACUACGAGUCGACCGUCCAUCGCUUCCAUAAAUUAUUACAUAGCUGACUGGAGGAUGGAGGUGCAAGAUGAAGUUAGUGUGUUUGAGAGGCCAGAGAAGUCCGAGGCGGACCAGCUCAUCGACACCUAUUUUCGAAUCAUCCACCCAUCAUUCCCUGUCGUUGGCAAAAUGACCUUCCUUGGUCAAUACAAAUUGUUUUACGCCGAUACAACUGCCCGACCUAGGAAGCAAUGGCUAGCUAUUUUGAACUUCAUGUUCGCCAUUGCCGGAAUGCACUUAUCACCCACGCAGAAUAUUACCGAGUGUGACGAAUUUUCACAUCGGGUUUUUUUUUCACGGGGAUGGAUACUUAUGGGCAAGUCAAUAGGUCCUGAUAUCCCACCUUCAGACUCAAUCUUCCCACGAACUUCCUUGCUAACAAAUUUGUCUCACAGGUCUUGGAAGUGCUGCGGCAUUGCAAUCUGUUCUGCUCUAGCUAUGGGGCUCAACCUCCGUAAUGAAAGCCAGAUUGUGGCCCCUUUAUCGAAAGAGAUUAGAUAUCGGGUGUGGUGGUCACUGUAUGUACUUGAUACUUCGCUUGCAGGGAUUACUGGCCGUCCCUCGAGGAUUAACGAGGCAUUUUGCACAACACCACCCCCAGUUCCCUUUGAGGAGGGGGAUUUGAAUGUCCGGCUUGCCCAGAAGGACUUCAACGAAAACAAGGAUUUAACUCAGUCGGCGUUAAACUUCUUUAACGACGUAGGGAGGAGUUCCUUGAAAAAUGAUCAGGACAAAGAUGGACUACUGGGACGCUCAGUUUCAAGAUGUCAACUGCUUAGCACCGAAACUAUCGUCCUUUCCAUCCCAGAAUCGCCCCAGCCAAGCGAUUCUUUGUCUUUUUCAUAUGGGGUGGAAUUGACAAUACUCAUGCGUGAAGCAAUUGACAAAAUUUACGCUCCUGGUACAACCCAUAAACAAUGGGUGGAAGUGGAAAGAAUGAUUGCUUCAUUCAAUACCAAAGCCAACACUUGGCUCGCCUCGCUUCCGGCAUCUUACCAAUUUCAAAAGAUCUCUGAGAACAGGCCACUGAGGCAUCAGCUGUCUAGGGUUGCUCUCCAGUUCUACUCCGUCAAGCUUGUCAUCACACAGCCGUGCCUUCAACGAAUUCUUCAUAGCAUCACAACGGCUUCUGACGCAUCUGAGGAGGUUUCCGAUCCAAUGACGGAAACCUGCAUUAGGGCCGCAGGUCAAUUACUGGACUUGCUGCCAGAUGAACCAAACUUGACCUGGCUGCAUGGGGUCGUUCCAUGGUGGUGCGCUCUCCAUUAUCUGAUGCAGACCAUCACUAUCAAUUUGACUGAAUUAUUUCUCCGUACCAAAGCUGGCACAAAUGAAAACAUUGCAAUCUCUAUGAAGUUGGAAAAAGCUUUAGCGUGGCUCAAAACAUUGUCAAAAGUGAAUAUUUCCGCCCAGAAAGCCUGGCUUAUUUCUUCGGAUAUCAUUUCACAUCAAGGGUUGAAACUUGGCUCGGCUGCUUGA